ACCUCAGCCAUCAGUGAAAUGGACUCGUGGUAUUUCAGAAAGAAGGAAGGAAAAAGGGCAGCACAGCCUGGAUCCUAGAUGACACAGGACAGAAGAAAGGGAAGUGUUCAUGACUCGUCUUCUGGUCCAAGGCGUGAGGGUGUCUGUCACAAAGUGCAGAAAAAGGAGAGCGGACCUGCAGUUCUGGGAGAAUGGGAGAAGUGGUGUGGCUAGCGGUGUUUAUGGUGGCUUCCAUCAGCUGCAAUGCCCUCCUGGAUCUGUCUGCUGUCCACCAGGUGGAAGGGGAAUGGAUGGGAUCCACUACUUUACCAUGUACUUACAUGCCCUCAGAAGGUUUCACACAGCAAAUACUCACCUGGAGCAUGGAGCGAGACCACAGCAUCUCCACCAUCUUUCGGAGGGAUGAAUCUGGAGACCACAUCUUGUUGGCUCGGUUCCGAGACCGGGUCAGUGUCCCAAAGCGCAGCCCAGGGGAUGCCUCACUCCAUAUCACGAACCUUGAAAUCCCUGACAGCGGACACUACACCUGUCAAGUCAUCUGGAGGUCUAAAAAUAACAGCUUGAUAAAAAAGGAUGUGACCACUACAGUUAAAGUCAUCAAAGUGCCAGCGACCAAGCCUACCAUCAGGGCUGGCGCGCUGGGGCUGACGGUGCCAGCGGGAGCCAGGACCAGCCUGACCUGCGUGGCCCACGGGUCCCCACCCAUCAGCUACCGCUGGUUCCGGGCAGUGCCAGGGGGGACAGCCCUGCCGCUGAGCAGCCAGGCCGAGCUGACGUGGGACAGCCUGCGGCCUUCCGACGCGGGGACAUACUACUGCGAGGCAGAGAACAGAGUCGGGGCAGGGGCGGUGCAGCGGAGCGAUGCCGUUGAGCUGGUGGUGAGAGGGUCCCCAGUCACACAGCCACCCACGCCUGGGACCAGCCGGCACACAGGACCCCCACUCACCUCGGAAGGCAGCGAGGCUCCCCGCGUGCUGGGAGAUCUGCCCACAGCAACGCUAUCCGCCAGGAACGAUGUCAUUUCAGAGAGGCCUCCCGCUGCCACAGGGCCGCCGCGGGCCGCGCUCUCCCCGCACCUCUACGCGCUGGCGGCCGCCAUCGGCGGCGUGGCGAUCGGCGGGCUCCUGGCAGCGCUGCUGCGCCGGCGUCGGGCCAAGGCGGAACCCAUCUAUGAAGUUGCUUUCCAUAGCACUGCAGAUGUCACAAGACUGGACACUGAUGCAGAAGUACCUGUUCAGAGCCUAAAAGAGAAGAUAAAUUUGGAGGCUGAAACAUCCUAUGAAAUUGUCACCACAAAAGACAACAACUACGACAAUGUAUGCAAGGGGAAAAAUCCUGAGUAUGAGACCCUUUUGACUUCCAUGGAAUCAGAAUAUGAAGUGCAAAACUUUUAGUAGAGUACCACAUUUCCACAUGAGCAGCUGUACAGAAGAUGGGGCUGCAGAUAUUGAAUGGUAAACUUUACCAAGGGAAACUAUUCUUCCUGCCUGCCUUCUCCUCUGAUAAAUAUACCAGUCUUGCUG